AUGUCGACAGGAGAAAAUUUGAGUGAAAAAGUAUUGCUUGAUUAUGAUACAGAGGAACAACAAUUUUUUGUUACAUCAUCGAACGAAAAAAAUGGAAUUGUUAUCUCAAAAUUUAUUCAGUGUUGCGUAAUCUUUAGUAUUCUAUUCGUUUUAGUUGCAUGUUUUUAUCUAAUUCUUUUUCAUGAACAAUUCAAGUCAAAAAAUUUAUCGUCUAUUUCUACAGUAAAAAAGAUUUCUAAUAAUGAGAAAAAAUUUGAUUCUCAUUGGUUUUCAUUUAUGGGCAGUGAAUCAUGUAUUCGUCUAGUGGAUAUUAAUAGAGACGGUCUCGAUGAUAUUAUUGUAGCUCUAACAGAUGUGACAGAAAUUUCAUCAAAAACUGAAUCGAAACAAAAUAAAACAACUUGUAAUUUUUAUCAUGUCGAUGAACCAUGCUCAGGAAUUAUUAUGGGAAUUCGUGGCUAUGAUCUUGUGACAUUAUGGACGAUAAAAGUAAAACAAUCAAUAUUUGAAAUACAAUGUGGACAAAUUGAUAUUAAUAAUGACACAUCAAUGGACUGUCUGGCAUCAGGUAGACAAGGCACACUAGUGGCAUUUGAUCCAUAUCAGGGUUUAAUAUUAUGGCAUAGUUCAAAAGAUUAUAUUCCAUCUUUAAAUCGAUUAUGGAAUAUUUAUAAUCCAAUUAUUUUAUCUGAUGUUGAUGGUGAUAACAUUAAUGAUAUUUUAAUAGCACAUGGAGGAAAUCCAACAAUCUCAUCCGAUGUGAAAAUACGUGAUUCAGGUUACUUAUUAUUGAUAUCAGGUUUAAAUGGAAAACAAAUAGGCAAUCCUUAUUUUAUGCCAGAUGGAAAAGAAACAUAUAUGUCACCAGUUCUUUAUAAUCAAACAAUAAUUUUAUUUGGAACAGGCGGUGAAACAGUGAAUGGUGCUCUAUAUGCAAUUUAUGUCCAUGAUCUAAUUAAACUGAUGAUUCUUAAUUAUCAACAUCCGGUUGAAAAUUUCAACCGUCAUUUGUUUAAUCGUUUUCCAACGAUAAAUAGUUCUUAUGCUCUAUUUGAAUCGGUGAGUAAAGGUGUAAUGGUACCGCCUGUUCUAUUAGAUAUUGAUAACGAUAAUUUUGAUGAUAUUCUUGUUUCAUCAUUUGAUGGAACUCUAAUGUUAAUUAAUGGUCAUACAAUGAUGCCUCUAUGGACAAAAACAUUUGAUGGAUAUGAGUUUUAUUCGACACCAGCUCCAGGUGACUAUAAUGGAGAUACAUUCAAUGAUUUUAUGUUGAUCAUGAAUUAUGGUGAAUGGGACAGAUAUAAUUAUAGUAUAACAUUAUGUUUAGAUGGGUUAACUGGCAACAUUCUUUGGUCCCAACAAAGUCCCUAUAUACAAUUCGGAUCACCAUUGACAUUACAAACAAUUAAUAAAAAGUUUGAUAGUUUUAUGUAUCGUCAAAUAGGCUGGAAUGAUACAAAUUUUUAUAAUCAUGAUAAAUUACUACAUGGCAUUGGAAUUCAAGACGGAGAAAGAACUGAAAUGAAAAAUAGUUUCAUUGAAAAAUUAUCGUGUGAUUCAUCCAAUUUGGAAUCAUCUGUCGUUAAUAUAAUCAUAACUGAUUCUAAAAAAUCUCGUGUGAUCGGCUCGAUUUAUCCGCCUAUUCAAACGACAGCAAACAAUUUUUAUUGUACAAAAUAUGAGGUGAUGCAGCAUUCAACCGGGGCAUUAGGAAAUUUAAAUAAUGAUGACAUCAUCGACAUCGUACAGAUAAUAACCUUUAUCAAUCAACAAUCUUUAAAAUCAAUUAAUGAUUUUGUUGUUCAUACCGUUUUAACACGUUUUUCAUUAGAAACUGAUCAAAUACAAACUAUUGCUCGAAGAGAAAAUCGAUUAACCGCAUUAGAUGAUCAAAAAACAGUAAAAUUAAUUACUAAGAAAUAUGGCAAUAAUAUCAGUUUUUAUGAUGGCCCAAGUGACAACACUUCGCGUUUUAGAAAGAUUCAGACAUGGAACGAAUAUUUGGGAUACAAAGCGGAUAGUCAUCUUUAUUGA